AUGAUCUUCUCCGACUUUUACAGAAGUCCACGUUCACCACUAUCCAAGCUUCGCUUGCACCAUCCGCAGCUACCAGCUCAGCUGCCCACCGCAGCACCUGAAUGGCGAGCCGAUGAGUAUGCCGAUCUUCUGAGCAAAGACAAAACCAAGCAAAAGGAGGCCGUGAAGCGCUACUUGACUGAUAAGGUCCGCAGCGACUGGACCUUUGCUUGGCCGCCUGUCGUUUCAAACGAAAAUGUUGCGUCAUCGAGGCCCGAAGGCCCAGGAGCUUCUGUCGAGCUCCCAAAUCAGGCCAACUCCUCGAAGAAACGGGGAGGGGCUCAGGCUCCUACGAGCAAAGAAGAUGGAUAUCGAGGAGGAGAAGGCACUGAGCUAGAUGAACCAGAGUCCGAUACUGGAGAUGACAAUGCCAUCGUCGAUGACGACAACGACGACGCCGAGUCUGUAUACAGCGUAAUGUCAGAAGAUGCGAUACAUUAUCGUCCUCGGACCGAAUGGACGUCGGAUCUGUCCGACGAUGAGGAUAUGCCACCCAAGCCCUCACCGUUUCGCUUUGAUAACCCCGACUCUAUCCAAUCCGCCAUUCAGGACAUUGUGCGUGCAAGGAAGGCUCGCAGGCGGCGUGCUCUGCGGGAAGAGAUUGCUUGGAACGAGGGACUCGCCUGUUUUGAAGCAAGGCGGAAUGCUUGGACCGGCGCCAAGACGGUCCGUGUUCGAAGUAAGCCUGUAACCACACCUCCAGCAUCGCCGCGAUCACCAAGGCGAUUUUUCUUUCGUCGCUCCAUGUCCGGAUCGCCACCCAAUCCGGCGGUGGCUGUUCUCUCCCAGCACGGAGAAUGCUGUGGUGCGGUAUCCGACUCGUCAUCCGCCUCAAAGGACGCUGAAAAGGACUUGAAAAAACAUCAAAGCACCGACUCGACCGUAUCGGACUCUACCAGAAUUCAGACUUACCCUAUUGAAACACUGCUGCCAGUUGGACAGCCUCUUCUUCCGCCUACAAACCCUCUGCGAGCUUCAAUCUCGCCGGCGGUUUAUUUGAGCCUCUAUGACAAGGUGAUAUUGCACAAUCUGCAGCCGGCAUGCCCCAUCAACUUGUCAGAUAUGUUGCGAUCUUGCGUUGCCGGAUGGAAACGAGAUGGCGAGUGGCCUCCGCGAUGCUCGGCGCCCGAUCCGAUGCCAGCGACUCGAAAGAAAAAAAAGGCAGCGCCAGCCUCUGCCACUGACAAUACUGGAAAUGUGACGAGACGCAUGAGUUUCGGCCUCUUGGGUCGCGACAAGGAUGAUGAAGGCGGUGCUGGCAAAGGUAUUCGCCGUAGUCUGCAAAGAGCGCUUGGAAUUGGUGUCAUGGCCGGCAUGGGAGAUGCCUGA